GGCCCGGUUCGAUUAUAAAGUUGCCGCAUCUCAGUUUCUAAGCAAAUUCGGGCUAGGGUUUAAGAAGACGGGUGACCUUCGGGAUAUCACGAGCAAAUUUCCGGCGGCCGGGAACUACAAUAUGUCUAAGAAGAACAAUCUUUCGCGCAGGAAGAAGCAACAUGAAUUCGACCUUCAAAGGGAAAAACAAGAAAAGGAAAAGGCCGCGAAGAAGCUUCAGGCAAAGAAGAAUAAGAUGAAAGUUGAUGGUAGUGGAAAGAAAAAGAAGGGUGGAGGUGGAUUUCAAGUUGGGAAGAAAAAGGUGAAGACCAAGUUGACGGCUGCAGCAAAAGCAAAAGCUUCCCAGGCUAUGGAGCUUGAUAAAUGAGAGAUUGGCAAUGGUGGCAGUGGCAGAAUCUUCAGGGCUCCCAUUAGCCCUUCAAUUUGGAGAAAAUCUGGUGAAAUGAAUUUUUCAUUAUUUGCACUCAAGUAAUUUAUCUAUCGGGGAUCGAACAUUCUUCUAAUUCUUUUAGAUCAGAGUCCUUUCUUGUAUUGUAAUUUGGUAGAGUUCUUUUGACGGUUUUUUCUUCUUUUUGGUAUGUCCUUGUACAUUAUUUCAUUGUUUUCAAUGAAAACUCGGUUUUUUUGUUAACAGAAUAAAUUUUUUGGAUAAAGAGAUCAUAUGCUAUUGAGCUGCUUGAUCUUUGCUUAUUGUUAAGUCUCUUGAGCCUUAUUACUUUCACUUUCCCCUUUUCCUUUCUGAAGGGCACUCUAAAAUAGAGCCAAGAAUUCUCAUUGUCAUAGGGUUGGGCAUUACAAAUAUUUUCCUUCCCAAAAUUACCCUUAACGACGAAUGGAGAUUAAUAUAUUGGUUUGCCUUCAAUUUGUCCACAAUUUUUAAUUUCAACCAAUCUAUUCAGUAACAAAAUUCUCUCCAUCGAAUACUUUCAAAUUAUAGAUGUCCUAUUUCAUCAUCAUAUUUGUAUUCAAUUGGUACAACUCGAGUAACAUAUUAUCUGCAUAUUGUAUAUAAUAGAUGUAUAUAAAUUUUGUCGGUAGAGUUUCAGUUGGUUUUUAGCACUUGUGUAUAAAAAAUUGUUUGUUUCUCGAAUGCCAUAUACGUAUGAAUGGUAAUUCGAUGUAUCUCUUCUCUUAAAAUUUUAAACAAAGCCAUCUUCUUGCAUUGCAUGAAUCAUUUCAAAAGAACAUAAAAGAAAAACAAAAACAAAAACAAAGGGUAGAAGACGUUUAUGGAGUGAGCAUUUAAAGGGCAAAAUUUAGGCAGGUUUCUCCUCUUAUUUAUCUCAUUAAGCUGUAGAUUAGAAGGUAAUGCAUGAAAGGGUUAUUUUGUAACAGAAAUAGCGAGGUUAAUGGCCAACCAAACAAUAGGAAGACAUGGUCAAAAUAACCUUAAAUAUAAAAUCUAAAUAUUGACCAAAUAUAGAAACAACAUUAAAAGCAUCAAAAUCCACAACCCUUUUACGUGAAAGACAUUAACUUUAGAAGGCUAGUCGGACAAGACAAAGCCUAAGGAGAGCCAAAAAAAAUUUUUUUAAAAAUCUCUUCAUUUUCUCACAGCUCAAAACUCUCCUUCCUCUCCCAAAAAAAAAAAAAACAGAAAUCUCUCUUUCUCUGUGUUUUUCAUUGGAGGACAUCAGAAAUCAGACAUUAUGGCAAAUUCAUCAUCAGGAAUGGCAGUUCAUGAUGAGUGCAAGCUCAAGUUUUUGGAUCUGAAGGCCAAGAGAAAAUACAGGUUCAUAGUCUUCAAGAUUGAGGAGAAGAUCCAGCAGGUCACGGUUGAGAAGGUCGGUGGUCCCGACGAAACCUACGAUGAUUUUACCGCUUCCAUGCCUGCCAAUGAGUGCCGUUAUGCUGUCUAUGAUUUCGACUUCACGACGGAUGAGAAUUGCCAGAAAAGCAAGAUUUACUUCAUUGCCUGGUCACCAGACUCUUCAAGAAUAAGAAGUAAAAUGUUGUAUGCCAGCUCCAAGGAUAGAUUCAAGAGAGAGUUAGAUGGAAUUCAAGUUGAAUUACAGGCAACAGAUCCCAGUGAGAUGAGCCUUGACAUCAUUAAAGCAAGAGCUCUCUAAAUUCAUCCAAACAAAAAUAAAAGAAAAUUUUACUUUUUCAUUUCAAACCAAAAACAUUCAUUAUUUUCUUUUUACCUUAUAUUAUAUUAUUUUAUUACCCCUUUUUAUAACUAAGCUUCCAUUCUCUCU